AUGGCUCUCUUGAUUCUGACAUUGGUCACUUUGCCCUGCGUUGGCUGUGUCUAUGGACAAGAAAGUUACGCAGGUGAAAACAUCACCCGCAUUCUGGACCGACUACUAGAUGGAUAUGACAACUGGUUGCGACCAGGAUCCGGAGGUAUUGUCACAGAGGUGAAAACAGAUAUCUUUGUCACCAGCUUUGGCCCAGUGUCAGAUGUGGAAAUGGAGUACACCAUCGACAUGUUCUUCCGACAGACCUGGGUGGACGAGAGGCUGAAGUACGACGGCGCCGUGGAGAUCCUGAGUCUCAACAACAAGAUGGUGGAUAAAAUCUGGACACCCGACACGUUCUUCAGGAACUCCAGGAAGUCCAUCGCCCACAACAUGACCACUCCCAACAAGCUGUUCCGCAUCAUGCAGAACGGGACCGUCCUCUAUACCAUGAGACUAACCAUCGUUGCUGAGUGUCCCAUGAGGCUCAUGGACUUCCCUAUGGACGGACAUAUAUGUCCUCUGCGGUUCGGCAGCUAUGGGUACACGAACAGUGAGAUCACCUUUACCUGGAGGAAGGGUCUGGAAGCUUCUGUAGACUGUCCUCAGGAGUCUAUCAGUCUGCUACAGUAUGACCUGGUGGGACAGAAGUUAUCCACGGAGACGUUCAAGUCCAACACAGGUGACUACUCUGUCAUGGUAGUCCAUUUUCUACUACAGAGGAAGCUAGGCUACUACCUGAUUCAGACGUAUAUCCCUCUGAUUAUGGUGGUGGUGCUGUCGCAAGUAGCCUUCUGGAUCAACAAAGAGUCUGUCCCUGCACGCACUGUGGCUAGCAUCACCACGGUCCUCACCAUGACAACACUCAGCAUCAGUGCCCGCCAGUCUCUGCCCAAGGUGGCCUACGCUACAGCCAUGGACUGGUUCAUCGCCGUGUGUUUUGCCUUCGUGGCGUCUGCGCUCAUCGAGUUCGCCGCUAGUGGGGGCCUGAAGAAGAGGCGUAACUCCAUAGCCCAGAGUGAGCCGGUGCCCAUCUUCCUGCUGCAGGGUUCAGCUGUGCCCCCCAUCUCAGCGCCGGCUGGCACCAGCCCCAUAGACCAGUACUCCCGCAUCAUGUUCCCCCUGGCCUUCGCACUCUUCAAUCUCUUCUACUGGAUCAUAUACCUGGGCAAGGACACCAUGGAACAGGCCAGAGAGGAUUGA